AUGUGGUUGCGUGUUCUGGUGGCUGUCAGUGUGACAGUGCAGAUGUGGUCGCAGCACGCAUAUGCGAAUCAGAGAGUGCAGCAGAAUGGUAAAGGUUUCGAGUGGAGUUGGCAGUUGUCACCAGUAGAUUCAGUGCUCGCGAAUCAGUUUUAUGUCCAACUGUCUCAGCCAGUACAAGGAGUUCAUUAUGCAUCGAACGUUGGUGUCUUACAAAAUAUAGAACCAAUACCCGACGGUAGCGCCCAAGCAACAGUGGGAUAUAAUCAUGUGGUACCAGUUCAGAUAUAUGAAAAUCCAUCGCUACCUAACAACACACAGAUAAUACAUAACAGUCAAAGUAACGGAAAUCCUGAGCAUACUCCCCUCGACAUAUAUCUUCUUCGACAGCAAUUCUCUUUGCUAGUGUAUAAACUGUAUAACCAAAUUUAUUCAGCUUAA